CUUCGUGACAGAAGAAACUCAAGAUAUACUGAAAUUCCAGGACUGUCCACGAGGAUUUAUCUACGUACUAUAGAAUGGACACACGUAUCCACUAUGUACUUAUUGCUACCGGAAACCGAGAAUUUUCUGUUGCUCCAUUAUGCCAUCAAGACUAGUCAGACCACAUGCUAAGAUUUGGUUAUUGUGCAGACCGUCAUGGGACCCGGGUGAUGAAUUUGGUGAUAAUUAUUAUUUCCUUAAUACAUCCAACUUCUUUAAUAAAUCACCGUACUUAAAAUUAUAUGCUUGCAAAGAUUUAUUGCCAUUUGAUAACUUCCCGUUCACGCUGUUGGGACUUGACCGGUGUGGCACCACUUUCAACUAUGAACCUUCGGACGCCUGGAACGCGACUCAACAAGUCUCGGAUCCCUUCCAUACCACGCAGCAACUGCCUCUAGAACGAAGGCAAAACACAGAGGACGAAGAGCGCCCUCACAGGUGCACGGUACGAGGCUGUAACGUCCGCGGCUUCAAAAAGCAAGCGGAUCUCCGGCGUCACCAAGGUAUCCAUGGAAAUCCUUUAUUCUUUUGUCCCGUGACAACCUGCAAAUCUCACACCAAGGGAUUCAAACGCAAAGACAACCUUACGGAGCAUCGGAAACGAGUCCACGAUGCAAUUGCACGCGCUUCCGCGGUUCCUGGCCGAUGA